AUCCAACAACACCCAAAAUUUGAAAACGACUUCUCUCUCUCUCUCGUUCUCGCUGUCGCCGACAUUUCAACGGUUCGCCGGUGUUAACGCCGUCACCGAUUGACUCUUCGCCGCUAAUUCAACACUUUCAUCUCUCCGAGCUUCAAUUUUACUUCGCAUAGGGACAAAAAUGAUCGGAUCAUUCCUUACGAGAGGACUUGUGAUGAUACUUGGUUAUGCUUAUCCUGCUUAUGAGUGCUAUAAAACAGUGGAGAAAAAUAAACCUGAUGUUGAACAACUUCGGUUUUGGUGCCAGUAUUGGAUCUUAGUGGCUAUGUUGACAGUUACAGAGAGGGUAGGGGAUACUUUUGUUUCAUGGGUUCCGAUGUACAGUGAAGCUAAGCUGUUCUUUUUUAUAUACUUGUGGUACCCUAAAACAAAGGGAACAACAUAUGUUUACGACUCCUUUUUUAGACCAUACAUUGCAAAACACGAAAUGGACAUUGAUCGUAAUUUGUUAGAGCUAAAGACCAGGGCCGGAGAUUAUGCGAUCUUGUACUGGCAAAGAGCUGCGAGCUACAGUCAGACGAGAGUUUUCGACAUUCUUCAGUACAUUGCAUCCCAGUCAACACCUAGACCUCGGCCUGCUCAGACACAACAAGCUUCCAGAGUUCGCCAACCCACGGCCGCGCAGAAUCGCCAAGCAGCUGCAACAGCACUAAAGCAGGUUGAUGAACCAGCUUCUACUGCUAGUACAUCUGGCGAGUCCCAAGUAAAGAUGGUUGAAAAGAAAAAUCCUUCAGAACUUCCUGCAUCAUCAGCUCCCCUUGUUACUGCUAUAAAUGAACAAAAAUUAACCGCGACACAAUCUAUUGAUUCAUCUUCCAAACCGGCAACCUCAAAUGAAGAAGUGCUGGCUAAUGAUACAGCAUCGUCUUCAGCAAAAGAAGAUGCAAACCCUCCUCCAGCAGAUAUAGUCAUGGAAGAAAGCAUUCGAGUUACACGUGGCAGAUUGAGGCGGGCACGUGUCACAUCAAUCCGUUGACUGAUGCUGCAUCAUGAGGUCACAUUGUGAAUAUAGUAGCUCGCUCACCAAAACUUAUUGACUUUUUAAAAUUUCUAGGCGUAUCCAAGUUGAUGGCAAUUAAUGUACUUGGAUUUUUUUUUUCAUUUGUAUGUUCUUGCCUAAAAGGAAAGCUGCGCCUCUGUUGACUCUA